GUGAUAGUAACUCCUUGCGUGUGUUUUCUUGGUGGGGCCAGGCUAUCUUCGAUUGACUUUCGCAUCGUCCUGACUGUCCAUCGCAUCUCCAAAGUCAAUUCUUAACAACUGUUCUACAGUGAGAGGCAGAGUUUGCACCGUAUCCAGCUCCUCUUUUGUGGGUUUAAGGAGUUUCAUCUUCUUGACUGGAAGGUCGCUCUGGCCGCUCCUUUAUCGCCAUAAAACGCUUGAGCGUACCGACUUCUGGAUACCAACAAAUAAUUUCAUAUUCGGUCUGAGAUUUGCGCGGUCAACAUGAGUAUAGAGUCAAAAAAGGAUACGGCCAACCUGUAUGGCCUGGUGGACAUGGGAAGCAAUGGAAUUCGAUUCUCCAUCACCGACGUUUCCUCGCCCACAGCCCGGCUCCUGCCGACAAUCUACCAAGACCGGGUGGGGAUCUCGCUCUACGAGGCCCAAUUCUCGCAGACGGAGAACGGGAAGAGGGUGCGGGGGCCCAUCUCGCAAGAGAUCAUCGAGCAGGUUGUAGACCGACUCGUGCGGUUCAAAAUCACCUGCGAUGACUUUUGCGUGCCCCCGGACAACAUUCACGUGCUCGCUACAGAGGCCACACGCACCGCACCCAACUCUGACGAGAUCCGGGCGCAGAUCAAGGCCCGCACGGGCUGGGAGGUACGCAUGCUCUCCAAAGAGGAGGAGGGGCGUAUCGGAGCGUUGGGGAUUGCGAGUAGUUCGCAUUCUGUCGCCGGACUUGCAAUGGAUCUUGGCGGCGGGAGUACGCAGAUUACCUGGGUUGUGGAAGAGGAUGGGGUAGUGACCACGAGUCCCCUAGGUUCAUUUAGUUUCCCGUACGGGGCAGCAGCGUUGAAGCAGCGCUGGGAAGAGGCGAGGAGGCAAGGCGGGGAUGCCGAGGCAAAGUUGAAGGAGGAGAUGACGAGGAAUUUCCAGGAUGCGGGCUGGGGAUACAUGCUCAUGAACCAGUCUAAGGUCAAUCCGUACCCGAUCCCGAUUAUCAAUGGCUACAGAGCACACAGGGAGGAUUUCCACGAUACGGCAUCCGUUCUAGAGACGGUCUCAGCUUCUGAAGUCAGCGUGUUUGGAGUAUCGAAGCGGCGGGCAUCACAGAUCCCCGCGGUGGCUGUUUUGGUCAAUGUGAUCAUGGACGCUCUACCUGCUAUUACGCAUAUACAAUUCUGUCAGGGAGGAGUACGUGAGGGCUUUUUAUUUGAUCGACUUCCACAGGAGAUUCGGGCAGAGCACCCUCUUCUAUCUGCGACGUCGCCAUACGCGCCUCCAUCUGCAAAGGCAAUCAGGGACCUUCUUCUACAGGCAUUGCCAACUUCUGGAUCACCAAAAGCAUCUUUGCAAGCACCAGAAUCCUUUAGUGUUGGCUUGAUAACUGCUCUUGCCAACAUGCUCUACGCGCAUUCUCAGGUGCACCGGGCCAGCCAGUCCGCUGCUGCGCUUCAUAGCACAACCACUGGGAUUCUGGCGUCAAUCAACAACCUUACGCAUGUUGAUCGCGCUCUGCUUGCUCUGAUCCUCUGCGAGCGAUGGGAGGGCGACCUCCCUCCCACAGACCAGACAUUCCACCACCAGCUUAGCAGAUGUGUCUCGGCGCAGGAGGCAUGGUGGUGUCAGUACCUUGGCCGGGUUGCCGCUCUGAUCGGGGACGUGUAUCCGGCAGGCCGGGUCCCGGAGACAGGCGAGAGAAUUCGAUUGGAGACAACUUGGACGUCUACAGUGAAGAAGAAGGAAUUAUGUGAUACGUUGUGCCUCCGGAUAAUUGUCAGUGACGAUGCUGCUGCUGCUACUGGGCGGCACAUGCUGCAGGAACGGGCGGAGACGAUUGAGAAGGCUGGGAAGAGGAAAAAUUGGAUCGACGAGUAUGGCGUGCGAGUGGGCACUCAGAUCUGCUACCAAUCUCCCAGUACAGCUAGGAUAUAGCAAAGGAACGUUUGAAUGCUACGAAGUAGUUAAUCG